GUUAUUUGAAAUAAUUGAUACCAAUGAGGACAACAAGGUCUCAAGGUCUGAGUUACAAAAACUUGUGCAGGACAUUCAGUUUCAUAAUGCAGAAGAAGCAGUUACAAAAAUGUUUCAAGAACUUGACCUUAACAGAGACGAUGAAAUAAGUGAGAAGGAAUUUGUUAAUAGGUUUACAAAAUUGCUGAACACAAGUUCAGGUCAAGUACCUCACUCAAUGUCUCUGCCUCAUGAAAAUCAUCAAUUGGUGAAAGGUAAACAAAACAAAGGAGUACAUGCAUGGUUAAAUGCAUUGGGAUAUGUGGUGCUAGGAAUUACUAUGUUGUCUCUUCUUGCUGAGCCCCUGAUAGAAAGUGUCCAGAAAUUCUCUGAAGAAGCAGGAAUUUUCUCAUUUUUCAUCUUAUUUAUUCUAGUACCCCUGGCUACAAAUUUUAGAGAAGCAAGCUCAGCCAUCAGAGAAGCUAGCCAUAAGAAGAACGGCAAUACUUCUCAAACAAUUUAUGAGAUUUAUGGAGCAGUAUUCAUGAUUCUUGGCUUUGUGGUGAUCUCCAUCCUUAUAUAUGUGAGAGAUAUCAGUUGGCAAUUCUCAGCUGAUGUAUUGGUUGUCGCAAUCAUCUCAGGACAAGGAAAUUUUACGAAGCAGUCAAAUGUAAUGAACCGACCAAGAAUCGUCGCAUUGCAUUCCCAAAAAGUCACAGUAAUAAAAUCGCAGGCGAAGCGUCACAGUCACUCCCUUCCUCACACAAAAAAAAAGUGUCACCCUUCGCCCAACCCACACCUUAGGGUUCUUCGCUUAGUUUCUUCUCCUUCUAACUCAACAACAAGCCACCAGAAAAACAAAUUCACAUUCCCCAAAACACCCUUAGCGCACCGCAUGGCGAAAACGAGGCCAGGCAGAAAGGACUUGGACUCGUACACCAUAAGAGGAACCAACAAGAUCGUACGAGCUGGCGAUUGCGUUCUGAUGCGACCUUCGGACACGUCGAAGCCCCCUUACGUGGCCCGUGUGGAGAAGAUCGAGCAGGACAACAGGAACAACGUGAAGGUGCGUGUGAGGUGGUACUACAGACCCGAAGAGUCCAUUGGGGGUCGCAGACAGUUCCAUGGAGCCAAAGAGCUUUUUCUCUCCGACCACUAUGAUGUGCAGAGUGCGCACACCAUUGAAGGCAAGUGCGUAGUGCACUCUUUCAAGAACUACACUAAGCUCGAGAAUGUGGGUGCUGAGGAUUAUUAUUGUAGAUUUGAGUACAAGGCUGCAACUGGGGCUUUCACGCCUGACCGUGUUGCAGUGUAUUGCAAGUGUGAGAUGCCAUAUAACCCGGAUGACCUCAUGGUACAAUGUGAAGGGUGCAAGGAUUGGUAUCAUCCUGCUUGUGUGGGCAUGACUAUUGAAGAAGCAAAGAAACUAGAUCAUUUUGUGUGUUUUGAAUGUUUAUCUGAUGAUGAUAUGAAGAAACCGCAAGCUACAUUUUCCGUAUCACCAGGAGCUGAUGGCAAGGUGGAGCCCAAGCGAAGAAAGAGAUGA